GUCAGAGGCACCAUCAUAUGCGAGUUCUAAUCAGAAAAAUCGUAAUAAAAGAACAAAGAGAAAAUUAAGCAGAAGGAAGAUUGAUGGAAUCAUUUAUUUAAUAGAAGAAUUGCACGAAAUCGGUGUCAUUGAAGGGGCGAGAGCUCUCAACUAUGAUGAUAAUAAAACAACUAAAAUUCAAGUUUUUGGAAUAAUCCAUCUUGGGUUGAGAGUUCAAUUCAGUAGACUUUGGAGAGCAGAAGGAUCAAUAACUAUUUUCAAAAAAGAUCUUCCAUUGUACGAAUUGCCACAUAACUUUUCUAUUGAUAAAUUUAAGCAUAUUUUAAAAUUUCUGGUAUCGAUAUAUCAGUAUAAGACGAUAUUAAAGAAUAAUAUACAAGUUCUACGUGAGGAGGAAGAUCCCGAGGAAGAUCUCGAGGAAGAUCAGAAGGAACAAAAUAUCUUAAAUGAACUACUAAAUGUUGGUCAGCAACAAGUGCCACCUUCAAAUUCUAAUGUUAAUUAUUUUGCAGAUUGUUUUAGGACUCCGAAAAAGCCAAGACAGAAAAAGGGAGAGA